UGCAAAUCACUGUGGACAGUAUUUCACUGGUUGACAAGAAAACAUUUUAUUGCUUUGUCUUCUGUGCUAAUGUUGUACGCUGACCUUAACUAGGGCUCUACAAAUUACUUGAAACAUGAUGGACUCACAGCAAGAUUUAGAGGAAAGCAAACAUGCAACCUUAGAAAAUGAUGUCACAUUCCAGAGCUACUUGCAAAAUGAAGUUCGGCCUUUUAUUGAGUUAAUUGACUCUCUGAGGCUGCUUGGCAUUGACAAAGAUCUGAAUCUGCCCUCCAUCGCGGUAGUAGGAGAUCAGAGUUCUGGGAAAAGCUCUGUUCUGGAGGCGCUUUCCGGGGUGGCCCUUCCGAGAGGCAGCGGUAUCGUCACUCGCUGUCCUCUGGAGAUAAAACUGAGGAAGAAAAAAGGGAAAUGGGAGGGAAAAAUCUCAUAUGCCGGUCAUUCCGAAACAUUUUAUGAUCCAUCACAGGUGGAUAAAUUGGUCAGAGAAGCCCAGAAUGCUCUAGCUGGAGACGGGGUGGGGAUCUGCCAUGAUCUGAUCACUUUAGACAUAUCCUCCCCUGAUGUGUGCGACCUCACUCUCAUUGAUCUCCCUGGCAUAACCAGAGUUCCUGUGAAGGGUCAGCCAGAUGACAUUGGAGACCAGAUCCGCAGUCUCAUUUUGAAAUACAUCACCAAAAAGGAAACAAUCAAUUUAGUCGUGGUCCCUUGUAACGUUGAUAUAGCCACAACAGAAGCACUGAGAAUGGCACAGGAAGUGGAUCCUCAUGGAAGCAGGACUCUAGCGAUCCUUACAAAACCAGAUUUGAUUGACAAAGGAGCAGAAGAAGAUGUCUUGAAGAUCGUCCAGGGCAAAGUAAUUCCUCUCAGUAAAGGCUACAUCAUUGUACGAUGCCGAGGCCAAAAGGACAUCAACGAUAUGAUCUCUUUGACUGAGGCCAUGCAGGUUGAGAGAGAUUUCUUUAAGAGCCACACAUAUUUUAGCUCACUUUUGAAUGAAGAUAAAGCUACCACAGAGUGCUUGGGGAGAAAGCUUACGGGAGAGUUGGUUGACCACAUUAAGAAAUCACUUCCACGUUUGACAGAUCAGGUCCAAAGCCUUCUAUCUCAGCUGCAAGCGGAGCUAAAGACAUAUUACAAAGGCCCUCCACUAGACCACAAAAUGAUGGGACCUUUUCUGAGUCAGAUUAUAAUUGAGUUCAGUGACCGCAUCAAUGAAUUGGGUAGAACAGGGGAUGCAAAGCACAAAAAUAUAUAUGGACUCCUACGCCCAGUCUUCAAACAAUGGGAUGGAUACUUAAGGACCAGCCAGUUAUCAUUCAAAGAAGCCGUGGAGGGAAUGAUCAAUAAAUAUGAUGACCUGCACCGUGGCCGAGAACUGCUAACAUUUAGUGACUAUUCAUGUUUGGAGUCUUUAGUCAAAAAGCAGGUGAAUGUUCUUGAAGAACCAGCAAUGGAAACACUGAAGAUCAUCAGAGAGGUCAUUCAAGAUGAGUUUAAGAACGUGUGUGACAUCUCAUUUGAAAACUACCCUCAUCUGAGAUACAUAGCCAUGACAAUGAUUGACGAUAUUCAGUCAAAGCAAGAAGCCAAAGUGGAGACCAGGAUCAAAGAGUUCAUUCGUAUGGAGCAACUGGUUUUCACUCAGGACAGUAUCUUUCAGCACAAACUCAGCAACUCCAAACUUUCAGUUCAGGAGGAUUUAAGAGAUGAGGCCUUCUACGAUGAUGAUGGCAUUUAUUCAUCAAGUGGCUGUGCAGCGCUUGACACCAGAAAGCUCAUCCCAGAAAAGAUUGUCCUUUACUAUGAGAUUGUCUACCAGAGACUGUCAGACUACAUUCCAAUGUUGCUCCUGCUCUUUAUGCUACAAGAUGCAGCUAAAAUGUUGCGUGAUCAGAUGAUGGACUUGAGAGACGGCGCAGACGUGGCCAAACUACUCACUGAAGGUACCGAAAGAGGACACAAGCGGGCCGACUUGUUCCAGCGUCUAGAACGGCUGAAAGCAGCUCAAGCCAAAAUCUAUAGCACAAUGUAAGAUCUAUACUAUUUGUUGGACUAGUGAUGGAGAGAACACCAGUCAGGGGAUCAGAGGGGACCCUGUUCCUUGAUCAGUGAUCAUUAGAUAAGAGAUAACAUGAAGUAAAUCUGUUGUUGUAUUGAGGUAAUGCAACUGACAAAUUUUAAAAUGAAGGAAUUAAGCAGGAAUCAAACACAUUGCUGAGUGAUUUCAGCAAACCUUGAAGAAGAUGUCAUAGAAGACAGCUGGGAUAAUUGUGAUUGCAGCUGAACAUCCAGAAAGAACACAGUACUUGUUUAAUAAAACGUCUAAUGCUCUUUUGUAUGACCUCUGACCCUGAGAACUAGUUUCUCAGAAAAGGCCUACCACUUAAAGAAGAACCUUUCAGUUACCUCACAUCGGAAUUUCUGCCUCACUUGAUAAAAUGGACGAGUAUAGAAACAACGAGGUGGUGUUAAUGCUAUUGUGAAACAGAAUCCAGAAUAUACCAACACCUUUGAAAUGUAUUCUACUUCAAUGACAGUAGAAUAAAACCUUCCACUAUAAAAGGAAAGAAACAUAUGUGCUGAAUAUGCAUCAGAAAACACGACAUUAUUCUUGUUAUUAGUAUUUUUUUAAGUGAUUUUAUAAGCCAUUAGAUAUAUGACUGUACAGUAAUUCUAAGUGAUGUAAUUUGUUCACAUACUUUUACAAUUGAAUUACAGUAUUUAGACUUUAGCCUCCCAACAGUGGUUCACUCACUUGUUAAAGCAAAUCUGUGCCCCUAAGUAGUACAUUACACUGUCUUAUUAAAUACAGAUUAACAAGUGAUCACAUGACCCUAAUCAAGAGUAAAGACACCAAAUUAAACAAACUCUACAUUUGAGUGCUUAUUCUAAAAUUGUUUAGAUUUAUUUACAUUUACACAUUUGGCCGACACUCAUAUCCAGUAUUGUUAUUUUGUGUUAUUAUGUAACAGUUCAAGCUGUUGAGAUGUUAACAAAGCCAUUGAGAGUGAUUUAAUGUAGGAUAGUACAUUGUAGGGCAACUUACCAACUGUAUUGUCUUUACAAUAGUCGUGAUAGGAACCAGGUGUCACAAUGUCUAACACAAAUAAAGCCAUUUUAUUUACUAUCUAAAAUGAUCUGUGAACAUGUGCCAUUGAUGGUGGUAAAAUAGUGGUAAAUCUGAAAUAAAACACUAUUUUACUAUCAUCAAUGGCACAGAGUGGAUCUUUCUCUGCACUGCAGUAACACUGAUGUGGUGGCGUGUUAGUGUGUGUGGUGCUGGUCUGAGUGGAUCAGGUACAGCAGUGCUGCUGGAGUUUUUAAACACCUCAGUGUCACUGCUGGACUGAGAAUAGUCCACCAACCGAAAUGCUCAGUAACAGCGUCCAGGGGGAAGCGUCCUAUGACCACUGAUGAAGGACUAGAGGACAACUAAUACACACUGUGCAGGUGUGUCUAUUAGAGUGGACAGUGAGUGGACAACUCCAGCAGCACUGCUGUGUCUGAUCCA